AUGGAUCAAACAUCACUAACUGCAGCAGAACACCAUGGCAGUUUUCCGAACAGAACAAAAUGGAACAGUAAACUGCAGUUUCUGCUCUCAGUUCUUGGAAUGAUUGUAGGGUUUGGAAAUAUUUGGAGGUUUCCUUACGUGUGUAUGAAAAAUGGCGGAGGUGCCUUUCUGAUACCAUACAUCUUUGCUCUAUUCUUCAUGGGAAUCCCGUUGUAUUUCCUGGAAUUAUCUCUUGGACAGUUCACCGGAAGAUCCUUCAAAGAUGUUUGGAGCUACUGUCCUGUAGUUCAAGGACUUGGCAUUGGGUUUCAAACGGUAUUGGUAUUUUUCACAUGCUAUUAUGUCAUGUUGUUUGCCUGGACACUCUACUAUCUGUACUAUAGUUUCUACAACCCGUUGCCAUGGAGUACGUGUGACAACGAAUGGAACACUCCUUAUUGUUUCAGCACAAUGGAAAUGGUGUCGACAAAUUUUACAAAAGAUUUCAACAUACAUAAAAACAGCACUAAUAACAAGUCUGGCUUCCGAUUUAUUAAUGCUUCUCACAGCAUAAGUAACAUCAGUGCCAUACAUCAUGACAUGUUAAGUAUAAACGUUACCAACCAGUAUCUGUUGCCUUAUGACAAUGGAAGCGCUACAAGCACGAUAAAUACCUCUAAUAUUCACCCCAGGUACGGUCACAGCGCAGAAGAGGAAUUUUGGCAGUAUUCCAGGUACAAAAUACUGGACAUAUCAUCAGGACUGGAUAACAUAGGCUCUAUAAACGGAAACGUAGUAGUAUGCAUGGCUGUGUCCUGGGCUCUGGUAUGUCUCUGUGUCAGUAAAGGUAUCCGGACAUCUGGAAAGGUUGUGUAUGUGACAGCUACAGUUCCGUAUCUACUUCUGACCAUCCUACUCGUUCACUCUCUCACGUUACCAGGUUCGUUUGACGGAAUUGUGUUUUUCAUAAGACCUGACUUCAAUUCUCUAACAAAUAUCCAGGUCUGGUUAGAUGCUGGUAUCCAAGUUUUCUUUUCCUUGGGCCUAGGAGGAGGCGUGCUUAUUACACUUUCAAGUUACAACAAAUUUUACAAUAACUGUCUGAGGGAUGCCUUCAUUCUUACAUUAGCAAACCAGGCUACCAGUGUGUUUGGUGGGUUUGUUAUAUUCUCUGCGCUAGGUUUUAUGGCCCAUCAGGCAAAUCUGCCUAUUACAGAAGUUUCAAAAUCCGGUCCAGGCUUAGGUUUUGUGGCUUACCCCAUGGCUGUUUCACAGAUGCCUGUAUCCAACGUCUGGGCAGUAUUGUUUUUUACAACUAUGGUAACGCUGGGAUUGGACACUAUGUUUGGGCUUAUUGAAGCUGAAUUUGACUUUUUUGAAGAUUGCUUCCCUUUCUUGAAAAAGAGACAAACAAUAUCAAGAAUAGCUCUCUCGUCAAUAUGCGUGCUACUAUCAUUACCUUUCUGUACACAGGGUGGCGUGUUCCUUUUCCAGCUGGCUGACUGGUAUAUCUAUACCUUUGCUCCGAUGUUCUUUACAUCAAUAGAGUGCAUCACGGUAGCCUGGGUUUACGGUGCUGAGAGGUUCUCUACGGACGUGGAAUUGAUGAUCGGAAGAAGAGUACCUGGAUAUAUCAAAUUUUGUUGGUGUUCCCUCUCGCCUCUUGUCUUAUUUGUGGUAAUGAUGGCUGGAUUUGUAUCAUAUGUACCACCGACAUAUGGGGACUAUGUAUACCCUGACUGGGUGUCUGGAGCAGGCUGGACAUACGCCAUUCUACCUGCAUUACCGUUUAUAGCUGUAGGCAUCAAAGUCAUCUUCGACUCUCCAGGGGAAACACUGUUUCAAAAACUACGUCAGUCGACGAAUCCAACACCAGACUGGCAACCAGCAGAAAACAAAGUCGAUUACAGGGUCAUCCUCUGUGAGAAACAAGGGAACUUCAGACAACGUUUUCUUGCGAACCUCGGUUGCUUUCCCAGUAAGCCGACAUACCAAGACGAUCAUACUGUCGUAUAAUCAACGGGUUUCUUGGGGAUGUUUAAACAAAUAUGUUUAACGUUGAUUAUCUAAGAAUCCUAGCACGAUAAUGACAUCCGGUUCAGAUAUUCCAUGAUUCCUGGAUGCCUCCGAUUUACAUUAUUCAGACUUGUGGACAUGAAAAUGUACGGGCCAUCUUUAAUUAUUUCUGAAAUAACGCAAAAACGUUAUUCAAAUGUGUUAUCCGCUCACUGUGAAUAUCCGGUAUAU